UCCCGACACAGAACUUAGCAAGGGAGAGAACCGACUCUACUUCAUCACGUGCAACUCAUGCGGAUCCCGCCGGUCCGUCACUGCUAUCAAGACAGGUUUCUCGGCCCAAGUUGGCAAGAGAAAGAAGAUGGGUUAAGCGGUGUCUCUUGUUCCGCCAGAAUGGCUUCCAUUACCUUGCCAAGGGCAUAUUUUCGCGCGAGCUCUAUUUUUCAUCAGCGCCAUAUCGUAUUGUGAAGUACUUUUAUUAGCAUAGUUUAGGAACUAGGCAAGAAAAUGGCGAUGGGCAUUCACGUGUACCUAUGGGAUUCAAUACGGUUCAGUUUGGCAGUCCUGUUUGAUAUACGUGUCUACAUUAAAUUUCCAAUACUUGAAGGGUAUACUAUAUUCCAUGCAGCAGCAGUGGCUUGAUUGGCGGAUCAUUUCUGAUCGUUGAACAUACCGUAGUAAGAACGUAAUCAUACUGUCUUCGUACUGUACAUGUUUUAAGUGCAUUGAUGUUUGGUUGGUUGAAAACGUGCAGCAGGUAGUUAGGUUUACAUCGUAGUUUUGCUAAUGGAUUCACUUUUAUAGAUGUUUGCACCUUACAUAUAUACUAUAGCUCCAAACAUUACAUGUCCAGCUCAUACUUAAAUUUCAAUUAACUACCUCCUACCUAGGUACCUUACCAAGGUUGAUGAAGAGGCUACCUUGAAGUCAACCAAUAUCAGUAUGGCGCAAGCUCAGCUCCUCGAAGGCCAGUCAGGCCUGCCUGUUGAUAACCCGACGAAAUCGUAUUGGCAUAAGGAACCUUCCAGCAAAUUGCUAGGUCACAGAACGACAAAGGAGCUGCCCCGCUCCGCUGAUGUGGUUAUCGUAGGAAGCGGCAUCACGGGGAGUUUCGCCGCUCAUUUCUUGAAGGAGAAGCAGCCUGAUCUGAACGUUGUCAUGGUGGAGGCGAGAGAGGCUUGUUCGGGAGCUACUGGAAGGAACGGGGGUCAUUGCCAACCCGCAAUAUACUCCUCAAACCCCCACAUCGCCUCAUUUGAGCUGCGCAACUUCCUAUAUCUCAAAGGGUUAGUUGAGGAGUUCUCGAUUCCAUGUGACUGGCGGUCGACGAGUGGCGUACACACCUUCUACUCGAAAGAGUUAUUUGAGACUUGUCGCCAUAUAGUCGAUAAUCUUACGGAAGACUACCCAGACCUAGCUGCCAAUGUAGCGGUCGUGACGAAAGGUAAACAGGGCGAGGGUGAUCUAUCCGGAAGCCCAGCCUACCUUCUCGAGGGCGAGCGGCGGGAGCUUACGCUUGGCGGCUUGAGAAUACCUCAUGCGGAGGGCGCUAUAGUGCAAUGGAACGCCGCGAGCCUAUGGCCGUAUAAGCUCGUCGCAUUCUUGCUAGAGCGCCUACUCGCAGCUAAUGAAGGAGGCUCCAAGGGUUCGUUCAACCUGCAGACCAACACGCCCGUUACAGGACUCUCACGCGCGGAAACGUCAGCCAAUCUCAGCAGUCCCGGCAACAGUAAAACCCGCAAGCACAACUCCAUAUGGACAGUCCACACCCCACGCGGCACAAUAGUCACCUCCCAAGUCCUCCUCGCAACCAACGGAUACACAUCCCAUCUCCUCCCGCAGUUCAGCGACCUGCUAGUCCCCACCCGGGGCCAAAUCUCCGCUCUCAAGCCCCCCGAAACACCCACCGAUCCGGCGGACCCGCCCCUGGAUAUCGGACACACGUACUACGUAGUUGGGGAGCCUGUCGACCCCUAUUCUCGCGACGACUACCUAGUCCAGCGGCCCCCUCCCGCCGCAGAGCUCAUCUUCGGCGGCGGCAGACAGCACGCCGCCGGCCGAGGUAUCGGGGUGUGGGACGACAGCGGCAUCGACGAGUCCGUGUCAUGGUAUCUGCGCGGGGAGCUAUCCAACGCCAUCGAUUUAUCUCUGCACCAUACGCAAUUUUCCGGGGGAAAGGUCUCCCUCCGAAAGCUCGACCUGGAGCCGACUUUCGAGUGGAGCGGCAUCAUGGGAUACACGCGGGAUUCGCACCCCUGGGUGGGUGGCGUGCCCGCUAGUCUAGGCGGCGGCUCGGGGCUCUGGUUGUGCGCGGGGUACACGGGGCACGGGAUGCCGAACGCUGUGCUAUCGGCGAAGGCGGUCGUCGACAUGCUACUUGCCGACGACGACGAUGACGACGUCGAGAUCGACCUCCCACCCGAGUACGAGCUUACGGAACGGCGCGUGAAUCACGUGAGAGAAGGGUGGGAGGACGUCGCUGUGGCAGAUGCUAAGGGCAGCUUGUACAUGGACUUCGGGCCUCAGAGGUGGUAGGAUAAGAUUAAUACAGCCACUUAAGGUAGUCCAUGAUAUCUACCUGAUAUAAGGUACAAGGUAGACAGGUUCUAGCGCAGAGGAAAUAUCAUCAUGUAGGUAUGUAGAUAAACAGAUCUAAUCCCAACACCGUAUCAUUCCUCAAUAUACAGCAACGAUGAUAUUACU